AUGUCUUGCAGCUGUGGAUCAAGCUGCGGCUGUGGUUCAAACUGCAACUGCGGCAAGAUGUACCCUGAUUUGGAGGGGAAGAGCACCACCACUAUGCAGGCCACCGUCGUCGUCCUCGGCGUCGGGCCCGUGAAGGUGCAGUUCGAGGAGGCCGCCGAGUCCGGUGAGACCGGCCACGGCUGCAGCUGCGGUGCCAGCUGCAAGUGCAACCCUUGCAACUGCUAA